GUACGGCCAUCCACCACAUUCGAGAUUUCUUCGCAGAGGUCGCAGAUACCAAUAGCCAACAUGUCUAGCCCUAUUGAGCAGUCCAAGCGCACCGCUGCGCGUCAGGCCGUGGACGAGUACGUUAAGAGCGGCUUCGUCGUGGGCGUUGGCAGUGGCUCUACAGUCGUGUACGCCGCCGAGCGUCUCGGUGAGCUGGUGAAGGAGAAGAAACUCACCGACAUCAAGUGCAUCCCCACAUCCUUCCAGGCCAAGCAGCUAAUCGCCCAACAUAAGCUCACGCUCUCUAGUCUGGACGAGAAUCCCGUGAUCGACGUGACCAUUGACGGAGCCGACGAGGUGGAUCUGCAGCUCAACUGCAUUAAGGGCGGAGGCGGCUGCCAGCUCCAGGAGAAGAUCGUGGCCUUCGCAGCCAAGAAGUUCGUGGUGAUUGCUGACUACCGCAAGGAAUCCAAGCAACUCGGUGAGCAGUGGACGCUGGGCGUUCCCGUUGAGGUCAUUCCCAUGGCCUACGUGCCGCUCAUGAACAAGAUGGAGCAGGACUUCGGCGGCAAGUCCGUGCUGCGCAUGGCCAAAAGCAAAGCUGGACCGGUGGUCACGGACAACGGUAACUUCGUGGUGGACGUCAACUUUGGCGUCAUCAGCGACCCGAAGACGCUGUGUGAUCGCUUGAAGCUGCUGCCUGGUGUCGUGGAGGUCGGUCUCUUCUGUGGAAUGGCUGAAAAGGCCUUCUUUGGACAGACGGACGGCUCGUUCACGACACGGGUAGCAGCACACAAAUCUGCCUAAGCAUAAGCAUGAGUCGGGCGGUCAUUGCACUUACAGCAAGGAAAGAUAAUGCAGUAAACCUUGACUGUUAGCAAGCUUUUCUCUUGCUUCGAUGUAUUCGUUUCUUGCAUCAUGCAAGUGGAACCAAUGCAAAACUCUAAACAUGCAUCAAUAUAAAUGGAGAGCAGUCUUCAGACAGCUAUUCGUUGCUCUCACUGUGCUUCAAGAAGUUCUCCAGGCGAAUUUGACGAAGGACAUCGUACUGGCCAUCGGAGUCGACUGCGGUUCGCACUUGGCGUGAUGCCAAUGUGCCGUCCGGGUAACGGUGAGCGUAGAAGCAGCUAGUGCCGAAUGGACAUGUACCUCUGGAAGUAAUUUAACACAAAGCGAAGUUAAUUUAUCGUGUGUAUCAAAAAA